GUGCAGAAUGCCUAUCUGAAAUGUUUCUACUGAUAUGAUUAAUUCAGGCUACGUUCUUUGAUUAGCGGAACAUGACCUGUGUCUCAAGUGGAUCUUAGAGAAUGAGGAUAAUCUUCACGGGGAUGCUUAUGCUAGCGGAUUAUUUAAGUUAACUCCGGCUUAACUCCAGGAAGACCCGUUGAGUCAAUUCGGAAUUCUUCUGGGUCGAUCGAUCGGUGCUGACAUUAUGUUAAUUCCGAUCUCCAUUGUCAUCAGGGUGCAUAUUCAACCAUGGUGGGGAUCAACUUCAAUUAUCCUCAAGCAGUGACUGGUAUAUCAGUUUCCAUGAUGAGAUCACGGUUGCGAGUAGCUGUCUUGGCCACUUCGGAAAUAGUGAACACCCUUAGGUAGCUUCAGCAUAUAAAUUGGGUCAUAGCCAGUACUAAAGUCUGGGGGUAUCACUCUUGUGCCUUACUACUCAUUGUUCAACUGAUAUUCUUCGGACGUCGUAUCAUACAUAAUCGAGCUCACCAUGUCGGAGAUCUUUGCACCUGCACCAGAACCACCCACUGAGCUGGGUCGGUACCGCAUCCUCUCUUCGACCGCGGGGAUCCGCGUAUCGCCGCUCCAGCUGGGCGCUAUGUCAAUUGGAGAUUCAUGGUCCAAGUUCAUGGGGUCCAUGGAUAAAGAGUCUUCAUUCAAACUGCUGGAUGCCUUUGUUGAAGCCGGCGGCAACUUCAUUGACACUGCCAACAACUACCAAAACGAGCAAUCAGAAACCUGGUUGGGUGAAUGGAUGGCUUCCCGCAAGAAUCGCGACCAACUUGUCAUUGCGACCAAGUUCACUACAGAUUACAAGGCGCAUGCACUUGGAAAGGGGAAAGCACCAAACCACUGUGGAAACCACCGCCGCAGUCUACACCUGAGCGUGCGCGACUCGUUACAGAAGCUCCAGACCGACUGGAUUGACAUCUUGUACCUUCACUGGUGGGAUCACACGACCUCAAUUGAGGAAAUCAUGGACAGCCUUCACAUCCUGGUGGAGCAGGGCAAAGUGCUCUACCUAGGAAUUUCGGAUUCUCCUGCAUGGGUCGUCAGCGCCGCCAAUACCUACGCUCGAGCUCAUGGUAAGACUCCCUUCAGUGUCUACCAGGGUCGGUGGAAUGUGUUGCUCCGCGACUUCGAACGGGAGAUUAUACCCAUGGCACGGCAUUUCGGAAUGGCUUUGGCACCUUGGGAUGUUCUCGGCGGUGGCAAGUUCCAGACCAAGAAGGCACUCGAGGAGCGGAAGCAAAAAGGUGAAGGACUGCGAAGCAUGAUUGGUACAGGCCAGCAGACCGAGGAUGAAAUGAAGAUGAGUGAAGCAUUGGCUAAGGUUGCUUCGGAACAUGGCAUUGAGUCAGUAACGGCCAUUGCUGUGGCCUAUGUCAUGCAGAAGACGCCCAACGUGUUCCCAUUGGUUGGUGGUAGAAAGGUGGAGCAUCUGCAUGACAAUAUCCAAGCCUUGAAGAUCAAGUUGACACCGGAACAAAUUGAAUAUCUCGAGAGCGUUCGACCUUUGGAUGUCGGGUUCCCGAACAACUUCAUUGGACCCGACCCCAAGGUGGCGGGCCGAGCCAGUGGAUUGCUGGGCGCAAACGCACCGCUGGCCUUUGUACCGGCCUCAAAGCCCAUCAUUCCACAAUGAUGGAGAUAAUUACGAUCGAUGUGUUUUGAUUGAUUGAACGUGUAUAUAUCGUCCCAGUUCAGAGCAUAUAGUUGACUAAGAGAGUAAUUAUCACAACAUAGUAUGUUGCAUCUCUG